GUAAUUCGGCUGGGGGCCACCCCUGUUAGCCUGAGCUUGCUCUCUAUCCAGGUUUAUGCUUCCUCGUCAGAGAAGGAGACUUCCAAAAAGGAGUUGCUGAAAAUUGAGGAGCUGUCACUCUACUCCUCUCCAGCUCGUGAGACUAAGUAUGUGGAGAAUCCACAAACCCAACUGGAAGAGGGGGUUUCACGUUUACGGCAUGUUAUGGAACCAUAUACAGCCUGGUGUCAGGAUCUUUAUGCUAAAGCUGUGCCCAAAUUAGAAAAAGCUGUUGAGCAUGGUAGAGAGGGCUGUGAAUUUCUCCAAAACCCCCCUGCUGGAUUUUAUCCAAGGCUUGGCGUGAUAGGUUUUGCUGGAAUUGUUGGAUUGUUUCUUGCUAGAGGCUCAAAAAUAAAGAAGUUAGUGUAUCCUGCAGGUCUCAUGGGUAUUGGUGCCUCCAUGUAUUACCCUCAGCAAGCAGUUUCUAUUGCAAAGGUUGCUGGUACACAGCUUUAUGACUGGAGUCUUCAGGGAUAUAUUGCUGUAGAAUCUCUUUGGAAGGAUAAUCCUAAGAAGAAGAAAUCUGCAAAAAAAAGUGAUAAGGGUGAUGCAAAUGAUGACAAGCCCCUGGAAAUCCAUGCUGCUUCAAAUGAAGAGCAAGCCCAGAAGUAGAACACCAGAUCACUUGGCAUCAAACAGGUGGACAAAAAGUACAGAUAUGAGCAACAUUUCCCAAGAAAAAGAGGAAAACUGUCUGAAUCCAUUUUGAUUUUGAAUGUGACUAAUCUGCCUUCUGCCUCAGGAGAGAAAGACUGAUGGUGUGCUGCUUGGGCUUCUGGUAUGGAAUCUGUGAAAGGACACUAUGUAUUUUGGGUCAGUCUUGAGACCUUGUCCUCAGUUCUGCAGUGGGACUCAAGUCUGCCCAUCUUGUCCCAUUGCAGGAUCAGCAUUGCAAGUAGCAAGUCUCAAAAUUCCUCAGUCUCUUGUUAUUAUUUAUAUAUAAAAUAAAAUUCCAGUUACACAAAAU